UGGACGCAAGAUGGCGGACGCGGCCGCCUCGGCGGGAGGCGCCGGUUCAGGGGCGAGAGGUGGAGGGAAACAAGCCAGCACCCCGGCCGACAACUACUACCUGGCCCGCCGGCGGACGCUGCAGGUGGUGGUCAGCUCCCUGCUGACGGAGGCCGGCUUCGAGAGCGCCGAGAAGGCGUCCGUGGAGACGCUGACGGAGAUGCUGCAGAGCUAUAUUUCAGAAAUGGGGAGGAGCGCCAAGUCAUACUGUGAGCACACGGCCCGGACCCAGCCAACCCUCUCUGACAUCAUGGUUACGCUCAUCGAGAUGGGCUUCAACGUGGAAACCCUCCCCGCGUACGCCAAACGGUCCCAGCGAAUGGUCAUCACGGCACCUCCAGUGACCAGCCAUCCGGUGACUCCCAGAGCCCUAACCGCUGGGCAGAACAAGUCCCACCCGUCUCACAUCCCCAGCCAUUUCCCAGAAUUUCCUGACCCCCAUACCUACAUCAAAACGCCAACGUACCGGGAGCCGGUGUCGGACUAUCAAGUCCUGCGGGAGAAGGCCGCUUCUCAGAGACGGGACGUGGAGCGGGCCCUGACCCGCUUCAUGGCCAAGACGGGCGAGACGCAGAGCCUCUUCAAGGAUGACGUCAGCACAUUCCCUCUGAUCGCCGCCCGCCCGUUCACCAUCCCGUACCUGACGGCCCUCCUCCCGUCGGAACUGGAGAUGCAGCAGCUGGAAGAGACCGACUCCUCCGAGCAGGACGACCAGACGGACACCGAAAACCUGCCCAUUCACAUCAGCACGGACGAGUCGGGAGCCGAGAAGGAGAACGCUUCCGUCCUGCAGCAGAACACCUCCCUGUCGGGGAGCCGGAACGGGGAGGAGAAUCUGAUCGACAACCCCUACCUCCGGCCCGUGAAGAAACCCAAGAUCCGCAGGAAAAAGUGAAGGAAGAGGAGCGCGCUGUGGAGGGGGGGAAGGAGGAGGAGGAAGGAGGAGCAGAGGAAGAGCCGGAGGAGGGAGAGGGAAGGGGCACGGAAAGCUUCCGUUGCCACAGAACCCCAGUGGGCUGCUCUGUGGGCCCCUCGAAGCCGCCAGGUCUGCGAAGCCUGGCCGGUUUCUGGUCCCCUCAACGGCGGAGGGGAGGCCGGCCGGGUGGGGCUCUGGGUCCUCUUCCUUUUUCUCACGGGCUCGGAGGUGGGCCUGGAGAGAGGGGACUCUAGCAGCCCUUCGGGGAGGCUCUGAGCUUCCGCGGCAGUAACGUCCUUCUCCCCAUUACGGGAGCAGAGCCACUGUGUGGAGGAGGAAAAGAGUCAGCCCGAGCCUCCAGGAAAAGACCGUAAAGACCGACAACCUAGCUUUUGUCUAUUUCUAUUUCUUGGUCAUUUGCCUGGGCCUUUUGGAGGAAGAUGUGGAAGGGAUUUAAACAGUGAAAAGUUUUGUUUGCCUUAGUUCAUAAUAAAAACUUAAAGUUGGCAUCGGGGAAGCCUAAAUCCCGGAAG